CCACGGGAGCGGGACGAUGUCGAGUGUGUGUCCAUGAGGCUCGGGCAAUGUUGUCGAGAUUUCCCGCAGAGGGAGGGAGCGCGCUGCCGGGAAUGACGAUGCAGCAGCAGCAGCAGCGCGCAUUCUGCUCGGCGACGAGGGCAUCGGCAGUCGUGCGUGAAUUUGCGCAGCAGCAGCAGCGUUCGCCCUGCACAUGGAUUUUGAUUUCGAAGCGCGCGGCGGGAUGUUCAAAAUUGAGGAUAAAGAUUUCGGAAAAUUCGCUCGAGGGAUUGAGAAUUUCUCGAUGUCCUUUGCCUUGUAGCGCUCUUCGGACCGGGUCCGGGUCCGGGACAGAGUCAGGGAAGGCAGCACAGACUCGGCAGGAGGAGCGCAGUGUGGGCGCUGUGUUCAGCAAAACGAGAAUUGUCGAGAGAGAGAAGGUGAAAUACAGUGCGAGUGAGGCCCGCAGAGCUCAGAGUAAACGAGGUGAUUCCGGACGGAAGAAAAGGCGAGGAGAGAAGAAGGAUUCUGGAACGAAUUCUGUGAAUGAACGCUCGGGCGAUGGACACUGGAGACUCUUCAAUAUCGAUGUUCCUUUCGAACUGGACCCGGGCAAAGAUGACUUCAGUCUCAACGGCCCUCUCAUGGACGCAAUUGCUUUGCUAUUAUCCUGCCGCGCCAAUCGGCUGCAUAAGAGUGCCUUCACUCUGGUGCGGAAAUCAUUGGACGCUCGAAAGGAGCCAAAGUUCGUAUAUACUGUAGACAUAGACGUGAGGAAGUUUAUGGAAACCGAAACAGAUGCAAGCAGCAUUCUCUCCAUAUUGAAGGUUGUCCCGGGGAAGUCUGAGUAUUCACUGUCUUCAAGAGCUCCUUUAGAUAUUGUAGCUCGUUUGCACGAUACCGAAGCGGUCAGUUCUAGCUCAAAUGUGGAUGAGAGAAAAUCAUUAUCUGAAAUUCCUAGCAUUCCUGACAACACGAGCAGUCCAUCGGCCCCGGUCCGUAAAGGAGGAAAUAGAGCGAAGGUAGUGGUAGUUGGGAGCGGACCAGCUGGUCUAUUUGCAGCUCUUACGCUGGUAGAAACUGGUGUGGAAGUCACACUGGUCGAGAGAGGUCAACCAGUUGAAACUAGGGGUCGUGACAUUGGUGCGCUGAUGGUCAGAAAAAUACUGGAUCCGAAUAGCAAUCUAUGCUAUGGCGAGGGUGGUGCAGGAACGUGGAGCGAUGGAAAGUUGACAACACGUAUUGGAAAAAAUAGCAGCAGCGUUCAAACAGUGUUGGCCACAUUGGUGCGGUUCGGUGCUCCUCCUCACGUAAUGGUGGAUGGGAAACCUCACAUUGGGACAGACAAACUUGUGCGGAUCCUUCAAAAUCUGCGGCACCACUUGGAAGCUCUUGGUGUAAAGAUCAUGUUUGGAACAAAGAUGGAAGACUUGGAGAUUCAAGGCGGCAGAGUUACUGGCGUUCGUGUUUCCAAAGUGGACAACACAUUACAUACAUUUGAUUUGUUGGAAGCAGAUGCUGUGGUGCUUGGCGUCGGCCACUCAGCACGUGACGUCUACGAGAAGCUUUUGGGUCACAACGUUGUUUUGACGCCGAAACCGUUUGCUGUUGGUUUUCGCAUUGAGCAUCCUCAAGAACUCAUCAAUGAGUUACAGUAUCACAGGUUCGCGACUGAGGUACAAAAAGGUAAAGGAAGACUUCCGGUAGCUGAUUAUAAACUCGCGGCAGAUGGAAUUAGUAACGACGGGGAAGUCAUUGAUGAUAAUGACGGUCACCGCCGUGGAUGCUUUUCUUUCUGUAUGUGUCCCGGAGGCCAGGUUGUGCCAACCAGUACUACUCCAUCUGAGUUGUGCAUCAACGGCAUGUCAUUUUCUAAGCGCUCAUCGAAGUGGGCUAAUGCUGCUUUGGUCGUGUCUGUCGAUUCCUCCGACUUCUCAACCUAUGGCUGCAAGGAUGGACCACUUGCCGGGGUUGCUUUUCAGAGAGCUAUCGAACAAGAAGCUGCAAGGCGUGGGGGAGGCGAUUUCGUUGCUCCUGUUCAAACCGUCACAGACUUUCUAGAUGAUCGAUUGUCAGAGAAUGAACUUCCAUCCUCAAGUUACCGAUUGGGUGUCAAAUCCGCUUGCCUUCAUGAUAUCCUUCCGUCGAACUUGAUUACCUCUCUUAAAAGUGCUUUACUCGUCUUUGAGAAACAGUUGCCUGGAUUCAUCGAUAAACGUGCACUUCUUCAUGGAGUCGAGACACGGACGAGUGCACCUGUAAGAAUUGAAAGGGAUCUUGAAACUUUCGAGUCCAUUUCUCUUCCGGGUCUUUAUCCAAUCGGCGAGGGAGCAGGUCAUGCAGGAGGUAUAGUAAGUGCUGCAGUGGACGGGAUGCGCGUGGGUUUGGCUCUUAGUAAAACAUACUCACAGAACAGUACACUGCAAGAACUCGUGCUGGAGGCCUGAUGCUUCUCAGGUGGGGUAGGUAUGGCAGAUAUUGCAACGUAGCUGAGAAAUUGUCUACAUAAAGCGGAAAUCAACUCAAACCUGACCAUUUUUGCCGUAGUUAUUUUAGAAUCCAACAUAGAAGAUUAUCCUCCCCUUAGCGAGAAUGGAGACUGCCAACAGAAUCACCAGAGAAGGGACACGGUCGUCUCCAAUACAGCAGUCAUUUCUUCAUUGAGAACUGUGUCCUGCAGUUCCUAUCGGAAAACCUGCAAUCUCAUGUGUUUGUAUCAUAUAGGUAAUUACGUUAUGCCUGAAGCUUAAAUGUAU